UCAGGAAUUUCUUCAACAACGGGGUAAACACGACGAUUCUCUCUAUUUGCAAUGGCUUCAUAUCAACCCGUCGACGGCAAGCGCAGAAUAAUGUAUCGUGAAUCGAUGGCGAACGGCUUCGCCGCUACGGUUCUCUUCUUGAUAUUCCUGUUUCUACUGGCCAGGCACGUUCGAAGGAUGCGAACUGUAGAUGAUGAACUACCGACAGUAAAUCCAGCCGCUGCUCUACCACCACCAUAUGCAAUGCCGCCACCUCCUACUUACUCGGAAGCCGUGAAAAUGGGCCAAGCAGGCAAAUAUUGAUUGCGACUCGUGAUCUACGCGUACCUGGUAGCGUCUUCUCCGUUCCAGCAUGCUGACGAUGCAUAUCGGUAAACCACUGUAGCAGACGUCCACCCAUCGAGAUCAACUCCUCAUGAGUGCAUCCUCAAAUGAAAUAUAUAUACUGUAUCAAUGUAAUAAUAAUGAUAAAGGUGGCUCUAGAUGUAUAAGAAUUCUGUAUUCGCGCGCCUACGACCAAUCGAUUAUCGAUUAGUUCGCGUCCUAUUGUGCCUUGUGGCCAUUUUUUAUGUACACGGUAACUCGGUAAUUUUUCUUUUUUUCUUUUUUUGUAGAUUUUCGCGUCUUGCCACUUAUGAGUCUUACUUGACGGGUUAUAUUGUAUGAGAAUUUGUUUUCUGACGAG